UAUCGUUACUUCCUGUCAUAAAUUUUGUAUCGCCGGCCGAAGCGCAGUUGAAUUUAGGAGGGAGUUUUCAAACGGCUUUACCGGAGAGCGCCAAAGCUCAGAAGUUUGACCAAACUAACCAUGGCGAGCUGCGAUAACACAGUCGGAAUAACGGACUCGACCAAUAUAUCCACGAAAGUUCUUGCACCUCCUGGUGGGAAAACAUCCAUCAGUUUGUUUGGUGGUGAUGCACCUGAACCAGCUGCUCCUAAGAAGGAGGUAAAUGCCUGCCAAGCAGCUCGAAACAAAUCCAAUGUCUUUGCAUCAGAUGGUCCUGCUCCUGCUCCUGACACAGCAGCUGCUCACCAUAAGCAAAGUCAACAAAGAAGGCAACAUUCCAGUGUUUUUGGUGAGUCAAGCCAACCUGUACCAGUGGCUCAACCUUUUGAGCCUGAGCCGCGAAAGCCUCACACAGUGAAUCCUCACCAGGAGGCACGGCAAAAAUCUUCUCUUUUUAAGGAGCCUACAGAACCAGCCAAACCUCCCCCACCAAGGAAAGGCAGUGACAUCAUUGCAGGACGCGGCCAAGAUGAACCAGCUCAUACAUCAGUGAAAGUGCAUGCUCCUCCUGGUGGAGUUUCUCAUAUCUCUUUUGGUUAAUUUUCUAUUCAUUUAAGACACAUUAUUUUUAUCUUCAUUCUUAUUUUGUUACCAUUAGUCCAGUGUACUCAGUGUUCCAAUGCCCGAUUCAUGCUUAAAUCAAAACUGUAAAAUUGAAAUUCAUGGUCAUUGUUAAGGAAACAAGGCAUUUCUUUAAAAGAAGCACUUCUCUUCUCAUGCAAUUUUUGUCACAACAGCUCCUAUCUUUUAAGUUAAGUGUAAGUAUUUAAGUACUGUAUGUUUUCUUCUCAUCUUCUCAAUUUCUUAUCCCUUUCACUCCCAAGAUCUGAUUAGUAAUUCUCCUUACUAUCUGCCAUACAAUUCUUAUGAUGUUAGUUUAGAGAAUUUGGUAUUGGAUCAACUAAUAAUCCCAUGAUCGAUAUUCUUCUCUAUUCUCAUCACCUACUUGCUUGAUGUUGUAUUGAUUUUGUAAGGAGAAAUUCUGUCUUGGUCACUUGUGGGAGUGAAAUGGUUAAAGCAUGUUUCUCAAGUUACUUUCAGCGAGGAAUUUUUUUCACCCAAGGUAAAAAUUACCCCCUGGGCACUCAUUUCUUUUCAUUUGUUUGUAAAUUAUUGUUAAUAUUGUUGUCUUUGUGAAGGGGCAUUUUUUAACUUCACAAUUUUAAGUACUUAGGUCAAGUAUUACCUGCUGAUGUUUUGUCAUGUAGGCUGUAAUUUAUUGCAGAGUUAAGGGAAGAUUCAACAUUCAGAAAUUAAAUUUUACUGAGCAGUAUUAUGUGUGUAAAACUGUUGAACUUUGAGGUAUUAAGAUCAUAUAAUUUUUGCUGACAACAUAUGGUGUCAUUCUUAAUAUGUUGUUUCCUCUUGAUAAUGUUAUGUCAACAGUGUGUUAUACUUAGCAGGUACAACUGACUUCUGCCUAAAGGGGACUCAUGCUUUGUAGCAACCUUCGUUAAAAAACUUAGAAGUGCCCCAUUUUCUGAGAGCCUGCUUACAUUUUUAUGCAAAUCACACCUCCAAAAUAUCAUGUUGAGGUGAACUGUACACUGUUAGUAGAGAGCAGUUCUUAAGUUUGAGUGUCUUUAGACUUACCUAAUUAAAGUGUUAUUUAGUUGUGUAUAGGUGCCAUAAGUCUGUUAGCCCUUUGCGAUCUUAAAUACAGUAGAACCAUGCUAACUUGAAGUAGAUGAACUGAAACAAAAUUUUGUUUUUGCCUAUAUUUGAACCCAGUUUUCAGUCAUUUACUCUCAACUAACUAAACUUUGGUUAACUUGAACUAAUUUUACUUUCCCUAUGCUCAAACCUCCCAAACUGUAAUACAUCUGGCUAAACUUCUCUAACCUAGCAUUCUUAUAAAAAAGCUCUUAUAAAACAAACUAAACAUUUCAAAAUGACUUUUAAUUGUGCAAUAAUGAUAAAAACACGAUUCCUAAUUACUUAUUAACUGGAUAAUUUAAAAUUAACCAGAAAAAAAUCAAAUCCCCUCUGGCUUGAACAGUUUGAAAUAUUUUCUGUUUCCCUCAGGAGUUUGAGUCAGUGUGGUUGUACUGUAUGUAUUUAGCAAAGUAAGAGGUAACAGUUACAUUUAAUAUUUUAAACCAGAAAAACAUAACCAUUUCAGUUAUAGCUACUUAAGUGUAGUUUUAGUAUCUAAUCUUUGGGUUUUAAGAAAAAACUUUCCCACUAGGCAAUUGGUAGCACAACUCCAUUCAAGGUGGCAUGGUGGAUAUCGGAUUGUAUGAAGCUGUAAACCUUAUGCUUGCCUAUUGGAAGAAAUAUGUGCAUUCAGCUUUUUGUGUAGAUUUGUUACUCGUUUUACUUGUGUGUAAUAUAUUCAGGUGAACAACAUCAGUAAUUGUUUCGUGUUAUGACAACAUUAAAUGAAGGACACUCGGUGA